GGGCGCACACAAUUUACUCUCUCGUCCAUUUUCUCGCCAAAAUCUCGCCGAAAGAUUUCUACGCUACGCCAGACCUCUCCCGCGACAACAAUCACGAUCCGACCCAACACCGCACCGCACCGCUCCCCUGACGCCGAGUCCUUUUUGUGAUCGCCCUCGCAUCAUCCGUCGCCUCUUCGACAAUAUGUCUCACGAAUCUGUCUGGAACUCGCGCCCGCGAAGCUACGGCAAGGGCUCUCGCUCCUGCCGAGUCUGCACCCACAAGGCUGGUCUGAUCCGCAAGUACGGCCUCAACAUCUGCCGUCAAUGCUUCCGUGAGAAGGCCGCCGACAUUGGCUUCGUCAAGCACCGAUAAACGGAACGCCCUCACUCUGUCACACACGCACACACGGCUUCCCCCCUUACCGUGAUAUCUAUCUCUCUGCUAGG